AUGGCGCACGACGGCGAUGCGACGCCUGGCGACGAGGGCGAAUUCGAGGGCGACAGCUGCGAGUUGUCGUUCCUCGAGGAGGCGAGCGAGCUGCAGCGCCUCGUCGCCAUACUCGUGCCGUCCGAGGAGUCGGAUCGGUCUGGAUCGGUGCAAUGCGGUGUGUCGAAUUUCGGAAUCCGCGACGCGGAGGAGGAGGCGCAACGAAGGCGCGCGGUGGUUGACGGGGAGAUGCGCGACGACCCGCGGGCAGCAGUGCUGCUCCGCUUCGAAAACAUCGUAAGCAUCGCGCGCGUCAUAUAUGCGGGCGUCACUCGUCGCACCCGUGCGCACACCAACCCGCGUGUGCAGUACUCCACAGCCGUCCGAUCGCCGGCCAUGGCACCGUCCCUCUUGCAUCACCGCCCUCCGCUCAUGCGCCUCUCCCGCGCAUGCGCCCACCCGCCCAUCAGCUCACCCGCUCAUGCGCCCUCUCCCAUUCACACCCGCCCCCACCCCCCCGCGUGGCAGUGCGCCAAGUACCGCGAGCAGCCGGAGCUGCUGGAUCCGCACCUCGCCGCGCUUCUCUCCCCCGCCAUGGCCUGCCUCUCCGCGCACGCGCUCGCCGCCGCCGCCGCGCUGCCCUCCGCGCUCGCGGGGGGUUCCGCGGGGUCGGGGGAACUCGGGCGGGCGAUGGGGGAGGCGGAGGCGCAGCGGAUGGUGCGGGAGGUGGCGGGGGCGGCGUGCGUGGUGCAGGUGGUGGCGUACGUGCGCGGCGCCAAGGUCGUGUGCCGCUUCUUCCCCAACGCGCCCUCCCACCUCGAACCCGCGCUCGCGCUGCUGCUGCUCGUGCUCCGCCUCUCGCCCGCUCCGCCCAAGGUAGCGCUGCAGGAAUGCGCUGGUGGGGGGGGUGGGAGGUGGGAAUGCGGUGGUGGGAGAGGAGGGAUGAAUUCAUUGCCUAUCAACAGGAUGCCUUGUGCACGCCACCCGGUUCAAUCACAGUCCCUCACGCCUCCCGUAUAUGAUUGCGCCGCUCAUUCGUCCGCCCCUGUCUCCGCCCCUUCUUCCCAUCCCUUCCCCCACAUCCCGUGCCGGUCGCCCCUGGCGCGCAUGGCGCACAUGGGAGAAGGCGGGCGAGGAGGUGGGGGUGGCGAUAGAGGCGGUGGAGCAGUGGCGAGUGCACUACGCGCUGCUCUCGUGGCUCUCGCACCUGCUGCUGCUGCCCUUCUCCCUCCCCUCCCUCGACUCCAACCUCUUCGCCCCCCAACGCCCCUACCACCAGCAGCAGCAGCAGCAGCACCCGUGGCGUCCCAUGUGCUCCACCGCCUUCUACCGCUCCCCACCGCUGCAUGGGAAGGAAGGUUGUCAGAAGCGUGGUCGCUGUGCGACGUGCUGCUGCGAGUGUGCCUCUCCUUCUUGCCCAACGGCCGCCUGCCCGUCCCCCUCAUGCUCGCCCGCCUCCUCUCCCGCCCCGAAAUGCACUCCCCCCUCGCCUGGUUCAUGGAAGAGAGUCGCCGCCUCGUCGCCUCGCUCUCUGCCGCCCAGCCCUCGCCAGCCGCUCUCCCGGACGGCCCGCCAGGCAGGGGAGAGGGGGCGGAGGAGCUGCUGGCCCCUGUCGUCCUCACCCUCGCCGCCAUCUUCAAGGCAGCCCCGCGCACAGAGCUCACGCACCACACGCACGCUGUGUGGACCGCCGUCCUCCUGCCCCUCCUCCACUCCACCUCCCCCGCCAACCCUCCCCUUUCCACAGACUCCUCUCCCUCCCCCAUGCGAGCGCGCCCUGUCUCACUGCUGCUCCCCCUGGCGCUCGUUAAGCUCCUCCACCGCCUCGCCCUCUCCCUGCUGCCCCCUCGCGCACCCUCCUGGCGCUACCAGCGCAGCAUCCAUCGGGUGGACGCCCCCUCUGCUGCCGCCUCCCCCGCGCCCUCGCCAUCGCCAGCAGCAGGAGGUGCUGGGCCAGGCGCGGACCAGGGGGUGGCGGAAGGUGCGGGAGGAGUGGGAGGGGCGGAGGAGAGAGAGCUGGGGCGGAGAGAGGGGGAGGGGGUGGGGGAGGAAGAGGGGGAGGAGGAAGAGGAAGAGGAGGUGGAGGAGCUGGUGGAGGAGGCGGUGGGGGAGCUGCUGCCUAUGCUCAAACACGAGUCAACGGAUGUGCGGUGGGCGGCAGCGCGCGGCCUGUCGCGGGUGGUGGGUGGCUUGCCAGCUGGCAUGGCGGACGAAGUGGUGGCGGCCGUCAUUGCCCUCGUGGACCCACAGGAGCUACCAUCGGACAGUGCAUGGCAGGGCGUGUGUCUGGCGCUAGCAGAGCUGGCGGCCAGAGGGCUGCUGCUGCCGUCGCGCCUGCACUCCGUCACACCGCUCCUCGCAUCCGCGUUGCACUACGAGGUGUUGCGGGGGGCGGUGGGCACGGGGGCGCAUGUGCGCGAUGCAGCGGCAUAUGUGUGUUGGGCCAUCGCCCACUCCUUCUCGCCACCCGUUGCCGCUGCCUCCCUGCAACAGCUUUGCCCUCACCUCCUCGCCGUCGCCUGCUGUGACCGCCAGAUGAAGUGUCGGUGGGCGGCAGCAGCGGCCUUCCAGGAGGUAGUGGGCCGCUUUGGCUGCAUCUCUGACGCGCAAGCGCUCUCCACGCCCACCACCCGAGGCACUCCGCACGCCUCCAACACAGGCGGCAAUGCGGUGGAGAGCGGUUCCGGGAAAGUGGAGCAGUGGGCGCCAGCAGGGGGCAUCGCCAUAGUGAAUGCAGCUGACGUCACGUCGCUGUCCUCCACUCGCACCGCAUUCACUCAGCAACCAGCACGCACCACUGGGACAAGCCCAUCCGCGCCCUCGCCGCCCACUCCCUCGCCGCCAUCGCUCCCCUCGACCCGCCGCGCCUGCUCUCCCUGCUGCACCUACACCUCCUCCCCCUGCUCGCCUCCCCCGACCCCCCCCUCCCGCCACGGCGCCCUCCUCGCCACCGCUGCCCUCCUCCCGCCCCUCUCCGCCUCCCCACCCUCCCCUGCCCUCUCAGACACCCUCUCCUCCCUCACCGCGUCUCUCCCCACGCUGCUCGCCCCGCGCUCCUUCCGAGGGCGCCUAGCAGCGGAUCUCAAGGUGGCCUGCUGCCGCCUGCUCUCCGCCCUCGCUGUUGCGCUGCCCCGCGCGCAACUGCCUCCCUUGCCCAAGCCUGCUCUUACUGCUGCCACUGCGUGCCUGCAUGAUAUGCUGGCGGGCGAUGGGGGGGAGCUGCAGGUAAAGGGGGGCCGGGGAAAAGAAAUGGGGAGUGGCGUUUGUGCGCGGGCGCGCUUUGUCUCAUCGGUGCAGGAGGCAGCGGCAGCCGCCCUGUGGGACCUCGCUCGCACCCAGCGGUCCCCUGCUUGCACAGACUUUGCUCGCCAACUGAUAACGCGCCACGUGGCGACUCUGGAGUCUGCCAGCUCAGCAGCGAGUGCGAGGCGAGGCGCUGUGCUGGCGCUGCAGUGCUUCCUGCCCAGCCUCUGCCCUGCCUGGUCCCCCGCCCCUCUCCCUGACUCCCCUGGUACUGGCGCCAACGUUGGAGGGCUGGAAGUGGGGCACGAAAACUCAGGGCAAAAGGAGGAGGAGGGAAAAGGGGGGCCGGAGGAGCGAGGAAGUGAAGGAGGGGUGAAUGGGGGUGAGGGUGAGAGGUCAAGGCACGAGCUGGCAGAGCGGGUGGUGAAGGCGCUGUGUGCUGCUGCCACUGACAAUCGGGGGCGUCGUGCCGUGACUGACGUGGCGGUGCGGGCAGCAGCAGUGGAAGCGCUGGGUAAUGCAGCCAGCAUCAUUCCCCUCCUGCAGGCCGGCGGGGCAGGCGCAAGGGGGCACGCAGGGACGGGUGGGGGCGACGGGGCACAGGUGGGGCAGCUGCAGGGGGAGGAGGGCGAGAAGGAGGAGGUUGAGGGGAGCAGGCAGGGUGGGUUGGUAGGGCGAGUGUGGUGGGAGGAGGGGGGGGAGGGUGUGGUAACCGCGUUGCUGCGAGCAGCACAGGACUACACGGAGGACCAGCGGGGCGACGUGGGCCGCCUCGUGAGGGAAGCUUCCAUGAAAGCGCUGGUGGCGUGGGUGGAAGAAGCAUACAGGUUGAGAGAGGUGGGAGAAGGCGAAUUGGGGGAUGGAGGGGGUGCAGCGGAGGCGAGUCUCCCACAUGGCGCGCCAAGCCCUGCCCUCCCCGCAGCACCUGAUGCCUCCUCUUCUCAGCAGCGGUGCAGUGGGGUGCAGGAGUGGUGCAGAGAGGUGGCAGGGCGGGUGGUGGGCGUACUGCUGAAGCAGGCGGGGGAGAAGAUUGACGGCACGCGCGAGGUGGCGGGGCAGGGGCUGCUGCGGCUGCUGUGGGGGAGACAGCGCGGGACAGCGAUGGUGGGGAUCCGAGUGACUAGAGAGGAAGCAGGGACAGCAAAGGCAGUUGAAACACGUGGUGCUGGUGGCAGCACAAAGGGGGCAUCAGGUGGAGGCGAGGAGGAGAGGGAUGGAGGAGGCGCUGUGAGGCAAGGCAUGGGUGGCAGGGCGGAAGGGAGCGGUGUGUGCAGGGAUGUGGAUGGGUGGGAGCAGCUGAGGCAGCAUGUGCCCUCUGACCCUCACUUUGCAUGGAAGGUGUGCCGCCUGCUGCGCUGUGCUGUGCUCUCCCCUAUUCCGCUCUCUCCGCUUCCUUGUUCUUCCAGUCCUUCUCAUUCCCACCCGCCUCUGCUCCUCCUGCAUUCACCUCCAUCAUUUCCCCUCCCUUCCCCCACCUCCUCCCUCCUCACCCUACCAGAAUCCUGCGGCUCACCGGGGGCAGAGGGGGCCACGACGGAGGCAGGAGAGGGGGGCAGUGGUGGGCAGUGGGAGGAGGUGCAGGGGAAGAUAGCGGAGGACGUGGUGGUGCUGCUGAGACGGCACCGCAAGCAGAAUCGGGUCAUCAUUCCAUACAUCAAGGUAGACCCUGCUGCAUUCCGAGUGGACGCCAUGUCGACAGAAUGCAUCUGUGUGCUGCUCGCCGAGAGUGGUUGUGUGCUGCCGUGUGCCAUCGCUGCUCUGCUUCAGGCGGAUUUCUUCGGGUCACUAUCAGCAGACACCCCAGCUUCAGAUGAGCCUGCCACUCCCACCACCUCCCUCACGGCUCUACCCGGGGUGUUGGUGGGGAGUGUGGAGGAGGAGCUGUGCCGCCCACAGCCCACGACAUCAGUGCCCAAGAUGCUGGCGGCUGUCGACCUGCUCUGCCACCUCGCCGCCCCCCUCUGCUCUGCCCGCCAACAUGCCCUCUCCACGCUGCUCUGGCUGCUCGCCGUGCGCUUCCCCACUUGCCCCUCUGCUUCCCUGCCGCCGCUGCCACCCAUGCCACCCAUGCCACCCAUGCCACCCCUGCUCUGCUGCCCCCCUGCUCCCCUGCUCGCCUGCUCGCCUGCGCCCAUCCCUCUUUGCCGCCUCUAUUUGUGCGCCGUCCGCGCUUACCCCUCUAGCACCGCCACAUCUCAGCCCCCACCUUUUUCCGCUCACUCCAUAGCCACUGCCCGCUCCUCCCCCCAUUCCAUCGCCGCCUAUCUACUGCGCUCCCCCUCCCCCCUGCCACUGCGGCCGACUGUGGCAGACAUGCGCGCCAUGCUGGAGGCCAAUCAGCAGGAGCCAGGUGGCAGCGAGGAGGCCCUGAGGGAGCGGUGUGCGGACGGCAUGCUGCCCCGAGAACCUGCUGCUGGACGCCAAGGGCAACGUUAA